ACGUGGUGAGAAAGGUUGACCGUCAAUACAAAAAAAUGAGAAGAACGAAACCUAGGUAAAGUCCGGUCCAUAAAUGGCGAACAAAGAAGAAGCUUCAUCAUCGUCGUGUGUUGGUGUUACUACUACUACCACUACUACUACUAGUAUGGUGCUGGAAGGAGAUGAAGAAGAGCCCUUAUACGGGUCGGAGUCUGGCUGGGUCGAAGCCCUAACUAGUUGCGAUCAUUUGGCUUCGUUGGCUUCCGAUCUCAUUCACAUUCCAACCCCAGAUUCUCACUGCAACAGGUGCCACCACCCCAAAGAGAAUUGGUUAUGUUUAUACUGCAAGGAUGUUCUUUGUAGCCGUUUUAUCAACAAGCACAUGCUCGAGCAUUAUUGGGAAACCAGUCAUUGUGUGGCACUCAGCUACAGUGAUCUGUCAGUUUGGUGUUUCUUGUGCGAUUCUUAUUUAGAUGCUCAAGUGAUUUUGGCACUGCGGCCUGUUUAUGAAACUGCAUACCUGUUGAAAUUUGGCAAAGCGCCGCCAUUCCGGACUGUAGAAUUUUCACAAGUGGGAAAUAUUGAAGCUGAGGGCUCAACUUCAAGCAAAUAGGGUGUGUGUGGUUUCUCUGUCUUUUCUAAAUUUUCUUCCUCGUAGUCUCUUCAGGGGUUUGGUUGGGUAAAGGGAUUGUAUAUGUGGCUUCAAACUGCUUCACAAUGCUAAUUUCUUAAAGUUAAUGCCUUAAAGAUUUGUAAGUAAUUUGAUCGUAUUGACAUGGUAAAUAAAUAAAAAAAUGUCUAAGGCGCCCUUUUUUCCCCA